AUGGCUCAUCUAAGGUCCUCAUCAGGAACCUCGAGACCGGGAGCUGGAACUGUAUCAGAAUCAGGAAUAUCGGCGGGAGGGAUGGUAGCACCCUCUGCCGCAACAGGAACAAGAACACUUUGGUCUGGGAUAGACGGGCCAGAAAUGGAAAUUCCUAAAAUUUGUUUGCUCACUAUUGGUGUUGUGACUACUUUGCUUUCUAUAGCUUUGGCUACACCAGGGACUGCCACAUUUAAUACGCAAUAUGUUCCUUCAGCAUGCUCUGGAAAAACACCCCAAGGUAUCAUUAUAGUAGCAGCAAGCGAUCCUCUUUGGAAAAAUGGUGCAAUAUGUGGCAAAACUUUCAAUAUCACAUGCACUGGUCCAACAAAUCUAGUGCCACACCCUUGCACUGGCAAGAGUAUUGUGGUAAAGAUUGUUGAUCAUUGUCCUGGAUGUGGUGGAACCCUAGAUCUCUCUAAAGAAGCCUUCUCAACCAUUGCUAAUCCUGUCGCUGGCGUUAUUAAGAUCGACUAUGUCCAGUAA